AUGGCAGCGACGAGAAGACUUCAAAAGGAGCUGAAUGACAUCAGGCAGUCGGGGCUGAAGUCAUUUAGGGAUAUCCAGGUUGAUGAAUCGAAUAUAUUAACUUGGCAGGGUUUAAUUGUGCCCGACAACUCUCCUUAUAAUAAAGGUGCAUUCAGAAUUGAGAUCAAUUUCCCAGCAGAAUAUCCAUUCAAACCUCCUAAAAUAAGUUUUAAAACAAAGAUUUAUCACCCUAAUAUUGAUGAAAAGGGCCAAGUAUGCCUACCAAUCAUUAGUGCUGAAAAUUGGAAACCAGCAACUAAGACUGACCAAGUAAUACAAGCCCUAGUUGCACUUGUGAAUGACCCUGAACCAGAACAUCCAUUACGUGCUGAGCUGGCUGAAGAAUACUUAAAGGACCGGAAAAAAUUCACAAAAAAUGCAGAAGAGUUUACCAAAAAACAUAGUGAAAAGAGACCAUCAGACUAA